UCUAUCCUCCCUCAUUGCAGCGAUGAACAUAUAAUAAAUGCAAGCGAGGGUGACUGUAGCAAAUACCGAUUGAUUGAACUGAUAAUACAUCGACAAUGUUCAUUUAGAAUUCCUCUUGUUUUGUAGUUUAACGUCAUAGGAAUUCAAAUAAGGUCUGUCCGUUCAAAGGGGCCUGCGCGAAGCAGAGAAGGGUUUGUGUAACGUUAGUUGAUUAGCUAACGUUAGCAGUCUUACGUUAGGCAACGGCAAUCAAUCACAGUUUUACUGAUUUUAUAAUCAACGUCGCUGAUAAAUCGAAGUGCGCAUAUCGUCAUCGGGGUGGUAGACCGUUCGCCAUCCAACCAAGUCUUCCUCAUUGACGUAGUCCGAAGAGUGUGCUGGUUCGGAGAAUGCUAAAGAAUGAGUCAAAGGGAUACCUUGGUUCAUUUGUUUGCCGGAGGGUGUGGGGGAACAGUGGGCGCUGUUCUGACUUGUCCGCUGGAAGUGGUAAAGACCAGACUGCAGUCUUCUCAUGUCACCUACAUCUCUGAGGUGCAGCUCAGCACCGUCAAUGGGGCCAGUGUGGCCCGCAUGGCCCCUCCGGGACCCCUCCACUGCCUCAAGUUGAUACUGGAGAAGGAGGGACCCCGCUCGCUGUUCAGAGGCCUGGGGCCCAACCUGGUGGGUGUGGCUCCUUCCAGAGCUAUCUACUUUGCAUCCUACUCCACUGCCAAAGAGAAGCUGAAUGGCGUGUUUGAACCCGACUCCACGCAGGUCCAUAUGGUGUCUGCAGGCCUAGCAGGAUUCACUGCUAUCACGGCGACCAAUCCCAUCUGGUUGAUCAAGACCCGGUUGCAGCUAGAUGCCAGGAACCGUGGUGAGAGGCGCAUGAAUGCGUUUGAGUGCGUGCGGCGGGUCUACCAGACGGAGGGCUGGCGGGGCUUCUAUCGGGGUAUGUCUGCCUCGUAUGCCGGCAUCUCCGAGACGGUUAUCCAUUUUGUCAUCUAUGAGAGCAUCAAGCGCAAGCUGAUGGAGUCCAAGGCCCAGGCCAGCAUGGAUCAGGACGAGGACGAGUCGGUGAGGGAUGCCUCAGACUUUGUGGGCAUGAUGCUGGCUGCCGCCACCUCCAAGACCUGUGCCACCUCUAUCGCCUACCCCCACGAGGUGAUCCGCACCCGGCUACGAGAGGAGGGCAGCAAGUACCGCUCCUUCUUCCAGACAUUACUGACAGUACCUAAGGAGGAGGGCUACCGUGCCCUGUACCGUGGUCUCACCACCCAUCUGGUCCGCCAGAUCCCCAACACUGCCAUCAUGAUGUCCACCUACGAGAUGGUGGUCUACCUGCUACAACGCUAGCCCCUCCCCUUCCUGUCUGGAGAGGAAGUGACUGACUUGGUUGGGGAUAUCUAAGAUGGAGACCAAAGGAAAACCGAUAUGGACCAGAACAGGAGCCCCCCUCCCCCCCUCCCCCUCCCAACCAACAACCCCACCCCCUAAGCCUACAGGUCUCUCCUCAAGGGGGCUCUAUGGUCUGGGGACAGAGAAAGGAUGGGGUGGGAGGAGGAAAGAGGGACUGAGAGAGACAGUUGGGUCAGUCUUUUAUAGAGCCUGUCAAACAGGAGAUGUCUCUGACGGAAAUCAUGUUGUGGCCUUUAGAGUUUUUUAAGUUUGUCGCUGUCUCUUUGUAGAAUGAAACCAAUCUGCUUUAGCCUGUAUCGGAGAUGACAAUCUGAAAGGGGAAUGCUUGAAAACAAUCUAUCAAAAACAGGUGUCAUAAUAACAUUAUGAACAUUACAGAAAAUAUGUUGAACUAAAUUCUGCAGUAGAUAGAUUUGAUUAGGUUAGCGCUUUUUCACUAGGAUUUAGCAUGUAAACUAAUGUUUGAAACAAGCUUUGCAUGCUCUGUUUCAGUAACUUGAACCCAGGUUUGGUGGAUAUGGAAUGUCGGAAAAAGGGGGGAGGUGGUUAUGGAAUGUCGGAAAAAGGGGGGAUGUGGUUAUGGAAUGUCGGAAAAGGGGGGAGGUGGGGGUUUCUUUAUUUUCAACUUGCAAUUUUUUUCCCAGAUCAAUUUCUCAAGCAAGAAUUUUGCUAGGACUGUUGGAGUGGGGAGGGGAAAACUAGCUGCUAUUGGAAGAGAGGUUUGGAACUUUUUCUUAUUCGUCUAUUAACUCAAAGCUCCAUCCCACCAAAACAGUCUGAAAUUUCAGUUGGUCUUUUCAAACAGCUCUUAUACUAAAAGGGCAUUAUCAU